UCACCAUAACACGGAAGCAGUAGCAGCAGCAGCGGGGGGCAGGAGAGGCGCGGAGAGACGGAGAGGUUAAGACAGGUGAAAAAUACCCACAAAUAGGGACGUUAGAGGGACAAAAACCGGCGCAGAGAGGUAAAGACGGACGAGCAGACGGACACAGAACGAGCAUCAUGGCGCUGAUCCCCUCUCAGGUCCUCCGGGUCGCCAUCCUGCUGUCUUACUUCUCCAUCCUCUGCCACUACAAAGCCCUGGACAUGCCGGCACACCAGACCUACGGAGGCAGCUGGAAGUUCCUGACCUUCAUCGACCUGGUGAUCCAGGCUGUGUUUUUCGGACUGUGUGUCCUGAUCGAUGUGUCCAGUCUGCUGACUAAGGGAGGCGACAGCAGGGAGCAGGAGCGGCAGCUGAGGAAGCUGAUUGGCCUGCGGGACUGGAUGAUGGCCGUCCUGGCCUUCCCUGUCGGAGCGUUUGUGGUGUUUACAUUCUGGAGUCUCUACCUGUACGACAGAGACCUGGUCUACCCCAGACUACUGGACAACUUCAUUCCUCAGUGGCUCAACCACGGCAUGCACACCACUGUUCUUCCCUUCAUCAUCAUUGAGAUGCGGACAACCCACCAUCGGUAUCCCCGCAGGUCGUUGGGUCUGGCAGCGGUGUGUCUCUUCGGCAUUGGAUAUAUCCUCUGGACGUGUUGGGUGCACCAGGUGACAGGUGUGUGGGUUUACCCGGUGCUGGAGCGCAUCGCACCGCUAGCUCGAGUCAUCUUCUUCAGCGUGAUGACGCUGGUUAUUUGCAUCUUCUACGUCCUCGGGGAAAUCCUCAACAGCUACAUCUGGGACCAGCCACACACAGAAAAGGUCAAAGGUGAGUGAUCUUCUCUCAACUGUGUGGGCAUCGGAGGACCAAUUGUGCCCCGCCCACCCAGGACAGCACAAGAUCGAAAACAAGCGACCUCUGCUAAAGUGGAACAGACCAGUAUCUUCUGAACUGUAUCCAUACCUAUAGGAAAAAGAGAAAGACAUCAUCAGUUAAAUGUAAAUACAGGCAAAGUCGAUGAAUGAACUCAUCUCUUUUGUUUUUUUUUGUUUGUGUUCUUUUUUUGUUUUCAGUGGCAAGAACUAAGCAAUUCUGUUGCAUCUGGCAGCAGAUGGAGCACAGUGGACAAAAUUCGCUCAUACAUGAAUCUACACAAAACAUAGGACGUAAACACCGACAUGUUGUACACGUAUGAACACAUAAUGACUGGGAGAGAAACACACAUAAACAGUAACAUUUGCCUUUCUGGUAUAAACUACUGAUCAAAGUGAAUGAAUUCCUUCAGAAGCUUCUGUAGAACAAGUAAACAUUGUUAUUAUUCAUCUCAUGACAUGUAUGGAAGAAACAAAGACUGUGAAAAAAUCAAUAAAGUUCAAGUAGAAAAUA